UAGUCCUCGCAAGGAGGCAAUUGAAGUGGGUGGCAGCCUUGGGUGUCCCACAGAUCAGGGCAGCAACACGCUCCUUCUGUGCCUGCAGGGGCUGGAUGCAAAGGCUCUCUUUCCUCGUUACGAAAGCUCCAGAGUGAGUGGCACUCACUGUGCCAGGUGUCAGGACUACUUGCUCAUUUAACUUGAACAUUCAAUUGUGGAUAUAUUCAAAUUACAGUUCUGAGGCCAUUUAACUUGUACAGAGAUGGGGCGUGCUACCGCUCACCUUCACGCCCUGAGUGGACGGCCGUUUCCUGCCGUGUCACCCUGCCCUGCUGAUAAGUGAGGGGUGCAGCACCCAGGUGGACAUCAUAUCAGGCAUUACCAAAGACGACGGGGCUCUUUUCGCCUUGCCUGCAUUGGCAAAGAAACAGUUACUGGAGGAGCUACAGCACAAUUUUAGCAUGGCCGGGUCUGCGUCCCUUCAGCUUGAGGGCAGGAGCGAGGACCCGGAGGCUGUAGCCCGCCAGCUGUACCUCCACUACUUGGGCACCACGCACGUCACCGAGGCGCACGCUGACGACUUCAUGAGGAUGUUCACUGACCACUACUUCGCCGUGCCUCAUGACCGCAUCUCCGCCCACCACGCAGGGAAGAUUUACCGCUACGAGCUGCAGCACUACGCCCAGCUCUCCUUCGGCCAACUGAUCUGCCCUUCCUGCGACAACAAGUGGGUGAGUCACGUAGACGAUCUGUACUACUUGUUCCGCGGCGGCCCUCUCUUAUCGCCACGAACAGCACCCCCACAGCGCCCCAAGGACUUAAAGCUGCCCGACGACCUCACCCUCAGGGACAUCAUCACGACUCUGUGGACCAACUUUGCUGCCACAGGGAACCCAACCCCUGAUAGCUCUCUGGGCUUCACGUGGGAAGCCAGCACACCAGAGAACCUGCAGUACCUCUCCCUCACGCCCUCGCCCUUCACGAAGCCAGACGACCGCAAGGAGGAAAAUCUGAUGCUUCACCCGCACCUGGUGAAGGUGCCUCAGGGCGCCACGCACAGUUCACGUUAUGAAUUGUGAUUUACCAACUCCUGACUAAAUGCGAACAGUAACAAGCACCGCUUCCUAACAACAUAACUUAGAU